AUGACUGGUGAAGAAUACUCAGGUCCUCCGGGACCAAAACUCAUGCGUCUCGUCUACUUCGUCGGCGCAGCAGUGGCCUGCACCGUUGCAAUCAAUAAGUGGCGCGAGUUUGAAAGCAAGUCAAUCAUCCAACAGCAGGAGAAGCAUCCAGGAGUCAAGGUAGUCGCGGAGAUAACUAAUUCGUCGGAUUCUGUUGGUGUUCACAAAGCUCUCAAAUAA